GUGCCAACCGUAAUAUGACGUCAAUGCCAGUAUCUUGCUACUUUGAGGGAAAUGCUGUGUCCGUCCUUUCUACUGAGUCCGCAAUAAGAGAGGGAGCCGGCCUGCGAGAACUCAAAUAAAAUCCAACAAAAUGAUCAUCUACAAGGACAUCAUCUCGGGAGACGAAAUGUUCUCAGACAUCUAUAAAAUCAAAGAAUGUGACAAUGGGAUGUUGAUUGAAGUUGAGGGAAAGAUGGUGAGCAGGACCGAGGACAUCGACGACGCGCUCAUCGGCGGGAACGCCUCGGCCGACAUCCAGGACGAAGGCUGCGACUCCACCACCAUCAGCGGCAUCGACAUCAUCCUGAACCACAAGCUGCAGGAGACCGGCUUCACCAAGGAGUCCUAUAAAAUCUACAUCAAAGAAUACCUAAAAGCAAUCAAAGGCAAACUGGAGGAGAGCAAUCCUGACCGCGUGAAGCCCUUCAUGACUGGAGCACAGGAGGUGGUCAAGAAGAUCAUGGGCAACAUUAAGAACUUGCAGUUUUUCACUGGAGAAACCAUGAACCCAGAAGGCAUGGUGGGCCUGCUGGACUUCCGUGAAGAUGGCAUAACACCCUUUAUGACUUUCUUCAAGGACGGCCUGGAGAUUGAGAAAUGUUAACGCUUCCAGACGUGGUAGCAUGGAAUCUCUCACCUGUGGCCUCUUACCAAUACAGACUCCAAUGGUCAUGGACUAGGAUUUAUCUCUGUUCCAUGUUUGGAACGGAGGAAUUUCCCAAGUGUCAAAUAGUAAAAUAUGUUUCGGCCCUCAAACCAGCAGCCAGCCUAGACGACCUGCGUUGCAGAAGAUGGAGUCCACCUGAAAGAACAUCGGACAGUAUUUUAUUUGGUUGGCGAUAGAAAUGCGACAGCAUGAAAACGCUGUGUAAAUAACAGUUCCGUUCAUUUUAUUUUGUCAAUUCAUUUAACCUCUGGCUCCUGUUUGCUGUUUAUUCGUAUGAUACAGUCACCCCCCCUCCCCUCCAAUGCUGAUCAAGUAAAAUGUUGGAAAAAAAAAUAAAAAAAUAAACCACUGAA